UCCAGGGUUCUUUGUUUGUUCCUGAGUAGAUAUUUUACAAACACACACUCUUGCUCACUCUCUCUCUCUCCUUCUCGUUCUUGUUCUUCUUCUUCACUUUCUCUUUCUCUCUCAAUCACACAAGUAACAAUCCAAAAACCCAAACAGAAAAAACCAACAAGAGAGAUGGGGAAGCUUGUCUGCAACCACUAAAUUAAAGCCCCUUACCUUGGACAAUCACCUGAUAUUGUCUACCCUUCUGUAACUCUUCUUACAGGUCCAGAACUAAUGAUUUAAGGUGAUGGAAUUACACAUAUUGGUGCAUUUGGGUUGUUUAGAUUAUUAGAAUCACAAGCGUUUUAGGUUUGUUUGAUUUAAAAUGGCAACACGUUUACCUUGUUUCACAUUUUGUGAUACUAGAAAUUCACUGGGAGUUUCAGCUGUCCAUGGAGGUAGAUGUUUAACUGAUAAUCGUUUGGAUAGAGUUCACCUCUUGAAGAUGUUUGAUGAAAGUACUGGGAUUGUUUGCCAUGGACAGAAGUUUGCUUCAAAUUUCUCUGAUUUUAAAUGUAUGGCAAGUUCAAACAAUGUUAAUUCGCAUCAGAAUAAAGAUCAUUUCUUGAGUCUGCAUCCUGAGGUUUCGAUGCUCAGAGGAAGUGAGAGAAAUGACAAGGUCAGCAGUCCAACAAAAGAGAGUUCAGGUGUAAGUGUCACUGAUAGCUUAAUGGAUUCGUCUGUUUCAAAGAACUAUGGUGAAGCUAAGAUUAAAGUUAUUGGUGUUGGAGGUGGUGGUUCAAAUGCUGUUAACAGAAUGAUUGAGAGUUCGAUGGAAGGUGUGGAGUUUUGGAUUGUCAACACAGAUGUUCAAGCCAUGAGGAUGUCACCAGUUGUUCCAGGGAACCGAUUGCAAAUCGGUCAGGAGCUAACGAGGGGACUUGGCGCUGGUGGGAAUCCUGAUGUGGGUACAAAUUCUGCCAAGGAAAGCAAAGAAGUGAUAGAAGAAGCGGUCUAUGGUGCUGACAUGGUUUUCGUUACUGCUGGAAUGGGUGGCGGAACUGGCACAGGUGCUGCUCCAGUAAUUGCAGGCAUCGCAAAGGCAAUGGGUGUACUGACUGUCGGUAUUGUUACAACCCCUUUCUCCUUUGAGGGACGUAGACGGGCGGUUCAGGCACAAGAAGGAAUUGCCGCUUUGAGAGACAAUGUCGACACACUAAUUGUCAUCCCUAAUGACAAGCUGUUAACUGCUGUUUCCCAAUCUACCCCUGUAACUGAAGCUUUUAACUUGGCUGAUGAUAUACUUCGACAAGGAGUUCGUGGUAUUUCUGAUAUAAUUACGGUCCCAGGUCUCGUUAAUGUUGAUUUUGCUGAUGUUCGGGCUAUUAUGGCCAAUGCAGGCUCCUCUCUUAUGGGCAUAGGAACUGCAACAGGCAAGACAAGGGCAAGAGAUGCUGCGCUGAAUGCCAUCCAAUCACCUUUAUUGGACAUCGGCAUCGAAAGAGCGACCGGAAUUGUAUGGAACAUUACGGGAGGAAGUGAUUUAACUUUGUUUGAGGUAAAUGCUGCCGCGGAGGUGAUAUAUGACCUUGUAGAUCCAAGUGCAAACUUAAUAUUUGGAGCAGUGGUAGAUCCAUCACUUAGUGGUCAAGUCAGCAUAACUCUGAUAGCCACCGGAUUCAAACGCCAGGAGGAAACCGAAGGAAGAUCACUCCAGGGAAGUCAGCUAACACAAGGAGAUAAUAACCUCAGAUAUAACAGACGACCUUCUUCUUCCUUUACUGAAGGUGGAGUGGUGGAGAUUCCCGAGUUCUUAAAGAAGAAAGGCCGCUCAAGAUUUCCUAGGGAUUGAUGUACUUCGUUUUGUGUAAUAUAUUUUCAUUGGUCGUUUUAUGCUUCCCCACGUGCUUCUUUUUCAGUUGCUGACCAUGAGUUAUCUAAUGCAUAAUCCUGUUUAAAAGGAUCUCUCUGGAUCCAAGUUUGCAAUGAAAAAUGAAUUCGAUUGAUUUGGUGAAAGUUAUUUGGUUUA